UCCAGCAGCCUUGUUUCUUUUUUCUCUGACAAGACAGAGCUAGUAUUUGAUUAUAAUAAGAUCUAUCAUUUAUUAUUGCUCAACUUUACUAGUUCGAUAAACUUUGAUCUACUAUUUUGCUCUAAAAGUUAAACCGACUUUUUGAAAAUGGAUAAGUUUCGGAUUAUGGUCCAGUUUUUGCAAGCCAACCAAGAGUCGUUCAUGAAUGGCAUCUGUGGGAUCAUGGCUCUGGCAAGUGCUCAGAUGUAUUCCUCUUUUGAGUUCACCUGUCCUUGUCUUCCAGACUACAAUUAUGCGUAUGGAAUCGGUAUUCUAAUUGUUCCGCCAAUAUGGUUCUUUUUACUUGGAUAUGUACUCAACAACAAUAUAUCAGUGUUAACUGAAGAAUGGAAGAGACCGGUUGGUAAACGCAGGAAGGAUCCGGCGGUUUUGCGCUACAUGUUCAGCUCCAUGACGCAGCGCGCUCUCAUCGCUCCGGCAGUGUGGGUCGCCGUGACUUUAAUGGAUGGCAAGAGCUUUCUGUGUGCUUUCAGCGCCACCGCUGAUUUAUCCGAGUUCCUCAACGAGAGCUAUCCAAUCUUAUCCAAAAAGGAGCUUGUGAAAUUUCAAGCAAGGAUUCCAUGCAAAGACGUAUUUGAUGGACAUGAAAUUAUUUCCAUAGAUGCGGCCACUAGGUAUAUUCGCUGUUUUUCACAGGCCUGUGGAUGGAGCUUUUUAAUGGUAAUAACUAUAGUAGCCUUCUUGAUAAGGGCGAUAAGGCCUUGUUUUACCCAAGCCGCUUUUCUUAAAACCAAAUAUUGGUCGCAUUACAUUGAUACAGAGCGCAAACUAUUUGACGAAACGUGUAAAGAGCACGCCAAGGGCUUCGCUAAGGUCUGCAUACAGCAAUACUUCGAGAGCGUCAGUGGGGAAAUCGUUCCACAAUCCCAGUUACCCACAAAGAAAGGGAAAGGUAAAAAAGACGAUGAUGAUGGGGAAAAACAGAAGAGUGACGAGGAGAAGCUUCUUGGGAUCCGUAAAGAAGAAGAUAUGAAUAAAGUCCUUUGGAACUGGCAUCUUUGUAAACCCGCACUGAUGCUGACCAAGCGCGCUGAAGAUAUGAAUGGACAUGCGCACUUGGAUACACUCAGCCUCUCAAAAGAGUGCAACCAUCACACACCUGUGAAAACGACAGCUGUGGCUUACUACUCCAAAGUCUGACUUCGCCUGAAUCGAAUGAAGUGGUAUUGCAGUAAUCACUGUUAAGAUCUCGUUUCUAUUUAUUGCAUGCCCUUUCUUAUUGUAUAUCCGCCUGGGACUCAUAAGUCGCUAAUCAUAAGUUGUUUGUUAGGCCUACCAUGAAUACAUAAUAGGAUAUAAUGGGCUUUUAUGUGAUAAAAGCAACACGCAGGUGGGACAAUGACAAUAAUAAUAGCUAUGACGAUGAUGUUAAUAAUGAAUGCCACUCUUUUUUUCUAUGUAACAAAUCAAGCUUUACUAAAAUUCAGGUAGGCUAUAGCUAAAUUUAAAUUAAGGAGGGGGCUGUUAAUGUCAUCAGUCAUAUCAAGGACAUAUCAGCAUGUGUUAACAUCACUCCGGAGGUAUUUUUUCACGGUAUUUAGCCCUAUAGAUAUGUAUACGUAGAUAUGUCAUUAGUGACUGUUUCAAUGGGCCACAUUACAUAAGCCGUCCAUCAUAUUGGAAAGGUCAACUUGAGGUCAUUCACCAUGAUAAUCAGUGAAUAUGCAAACAUGCCACAAUCAUUACAUAUCUAGGCUAUGUUUCCGCCCCUCUCUCGCAUUAUCACCAGUGAAUGAUUAUCCCAUUUCUUCGGGAUAAUGAGGAUUGUAGCAUCUUCUAAUAUUUAUGGUGAAUGACGUCACGUUGUCCAUUAACAUUGGCACGCAUCUACGUGCUUGGGGCUGUCGAAUGAGGCAUCUACCUGUACAUAUCUAUGUUUAGCCCCGCCCACUAAUGGCAAGUUGGCUACUAAAGGAUCAAUGUAGUUUACCACUUCCUAAAUGAUGUUACUCAGUCACAGACAAUGUUAUUGUCCAACAGAACCUGCCGCAGCAGUUUAAAACUGUAGAGCUUGCUUAGGCUUAACUGCUGAGUUUACAGUAGGGCCCGUUUCACUCGAGAAAAAAAAAAAAGUAAUACGUAAUUUAGGUACGCUCUUCAGUUUAAAGCAGCAGUAUUUAUUAUAACUUAGUUACAUAAAUAAUAUUUUAUCUGAUUUUAGGAUAUCUUAAAGCAGUGGCUCUCGGCCAGGGGUCCAGGGCCCUAUAGAGAGCCUCAGCAAACUUUCAAGAGGGCCUCAAGAUUAAUUAAAAAUGAUUUAAAAUAAGACAAAAAUAACUUUGGAAUAAGAUUAAUCAAAUAAAAAUCUAUAUAUUUCUUAUCUGAUUCACUCCUAAAUUUGGGGAAUUCUAAAAUAAUUAUUCAAAUUUGUAACUAUAAUUAGUUGCUUGUUUUAAUGUAUGGACACUAUCCCAAUUUCUGUAAAUUGGCUUUGAAUAUUGUUUUUGACAGUGGAUGCAGUGGAUGUAGUCAGAAAGGUUGUGAAUGUGAACCACAAUGGGUGUCACUUCAGAACUCACUUUUCUGUGUGGCUCUCCUGUGGCCUGCCAUGGGGAAUCUGUUUCAUCACAUUGUGGUUUCCGAGACGAUCUCUUUAUUCUGAGAUGUUAUGUGCACUUCAGUGCUCCAAUUUUGUAUGUCUCCCUUAUUAAACACACCUAUUUUAAUUAAAAGAUCUGCAAAGGAGUGUCAGAUAAUUGAGACGUGCAAAAUAAAAAUGACUGGAACUUAGGAACCACUGUCAUAUCUAUUUUUCUGGAUCUCAGGAAGGAAUUUAUUUUGAAGAAUGAGUUGGAUGACAUUUAUAUGUAGAGAGAGAGAGAUGCUUUAAAUAUUUUAGCCCAACCUGUUUUAGUUAAAUGCUUAGUUCCACUGGGGCCGAAACCAUUGUAAUUGCUGUUGGUUAUUCACUGCUGUAUGUACAUAACAGACAGAGCGAUGGAAUGAUCUCAAUGUUUGACCACAAAAAAAUACAGCUAUAUGCAGACAUUUUUUUUUGUUUUGUUUUGUUUUUACAAUCUGCUUCUGGUUGUACAUAAUUUAAAAACUUUUGUGGAUGUUCGGGAUGUUCCAUUUCUACUACCUGCAAAUGAAAUGUAAGUCUUUAUUUCAGAAUGUAUUAGAUUUUUGAGCUAAUAUUUGGUUUUCGGUAAUUAUUUUGAGUGGCACAUUGAAGUUUGAGGAAACUUUGCCCAAUCAGCUGCUUUUAUAUGAAAUGAAAGUAUGCAUUUAUUGAUGUAGAAAUAGCAUAAUGAAGAUGUUUCUGUUUGCCCUUCUUUUCAUGUAUAAAUGUGUCAAAGGACUUAUAUCUGUGAGGUUUAACAUUAAAUUUCCAGAGACGGUAAUCCUCAUCAGCGAAAAGAAACUGAGACAGAGAAACGCCUUUAUCAAAAUAAGAUGUCUGCUUUCCUCUCAGAAUACAUCUAAUUUAA